AGACACGGGGGCGGCGGAGCUCGUGUCUUCCUGGUUGUCGCUCUCCUCCAGUCGCAUCAGCGCGCGCACCGGCCCCGCGUGGCCUCAGGUGUCCAGUCCCGUCGCUGUCACCUGCCGGGGCCGCGGGGCCGCGCGGAGGACGCCCGGAGGGUCCGGAGCGGGCGGAGAUGGACUCGCUGGUCUUUGAGGACGUGGCUGUGAACUUCACCCCGGAGGAGUGGGCUCUGCUGGAUGGUGCUCAGAGGAAGCUCUACAGAGACGUGAUGCUGGAGACCUGCAGGAACCUGGCCUCCGUGGAUUGUUGCACUCAAGUUAGAACCAGUGGAUUGAGACUUCAGCCACAUAUAUUGGAAAAUAAAACAGCCAACGAAGAGAAAAUAGUAAGGUUCAUAAGAUGUGAGUGCCGGUCUGCUUCUGGACAAAACUGGACAUUCCACAACGUUGGAGAUCAGCACCCAGCCCAGGAGAGGCCUGUGAGGAGCCAUUUGCUGGAGAGUCUCCAUGGAAGUAAUGAAGGUGAUGGCUGUGGAGAAACCCUGAACCAAAUUACAGACCUUCCUGUGUGUGAGAGGUAUCCAGCUGGAGUUAAACCCCGUGAAUGCACGAAGUGUGGAAAAGCCCUCACGGAUUGUUCUCUCCUUAAGAAUCGGCAACGAUCUCACACUGGGCAUAAACCUCAUCCAUGUGAGGAAUGUGGGCGGGCCUGCAGUUGUGUCUUGUGCCUCAGCACUCCUGUGGAAACAGACAUUGUAGAGAAGCCCUGUAAAGGACGUCAGGAUACUGGGAGAGCAUCUGAGAGACACGUGAAGAGUCUCCAUGGUAAAAAGCCUUUCGAGUGUAAGAAAUGUGGACAAGUUUGCACUUGCGCCUCAUCCUUACGGGAACAUGAGCAAGGUCACCGUGGAGAGAAGCUCCGUGCAUGUACAGUCUGUGGGAAAUCCUUUAAGUAUGACUCCUACCUAUUACGACAUGUGAGAACACAUGCUGGAGAGAAACCCUGUGAAUUUCCAAAUACUCAGAGAGCAUCUAUGAGAAACAUGAAGAGUCUCCGUAGUAAAAAGUCUUUUGAGUGUAAGAAAUGUGGAAAUGCUUUCACUUGUCCGUCAUCCUUGCAGGAACAUGCGAGAGGUCACUGUGGACAGAAACCCCAUGUGUGUGACAUAUGCGGGAAGUCACUUCUGUAUGACUCCUACCUUUCACGGCAUAUGAGAACACAUACUAGAGAUAGACAACACGAAUGUAAGGAAUGUGGGAAGGCUUUCAGCCGUUCCUCCUCCCUGCGAGUACAUAUGAGGACACACACUGGGGAGAGACCCUAUGAGUGUCAGCACUGUGGGAAAGCUUUUGGCCGUUCCUUCUCCCUGCAAGCACAUGUGAGAACGCACACCGGUGAGAGACCCUAUGAGUGUCAGUGCUGUGGGAAAGCCUUCAGCUUCCCCUCCUCCCUUCAAGUACAUGUGAGAACCCACACUGGGGAGAGACCCUAUGAAUGUCAGCAGUGUGGGAAAGCCUACAGUCUUCUCUGCUCCUUGCGAGUACAUGUGAGAACGCACACUGGGGAGAGACCAUAUGAGUGUCAGCACUGUGGGAAGGCCUUCAGCUGCCUCUCCUACGUUCGAGCACAUGUGAGGAUACACAGUGGGGAGAGAGCCUUUGAAUGUCAGCGGUGUGGGAAAGCCUUCAGACAUCCUGCAAACCUUCGAGUGCAUAGGAGGACACACAAUUGAGAGAGACCCUAUGAAAAUGAAGAAUGUGGGAAAGUUUACACGUAUCCCAGUAAACUGGGGAGCACACAUGAGGGCACACACUGGCAAGACACCGUAUGAAUGUCAGCACUGUCAAAAGCCUUCAAAUAUGUCACGUCUCUGCAAGUACAUGUGAGAACACACACUGGACAGAAACUCUGAACACAAAGACUGAAGGAAAGCCUUCAUUCUCCCUUGAAACCUGUUGUAAAUGCAAGCAAACACACUGGAGAGAAACCCUAAAAAUUGGAAGAAUGCGGAAAAACAUUUAGAUGUAGCACUUCACUUAUUUUCUUCAUCAAAUCUCAGGAGAAGGACGUCAGCAUCAUGGUGGAGUGAACUUUCCUGGGAAUCUCUCCCCUCCAACAUAGAAGAAAAAGGGGCAUCGAUACUGCAACAGAGGACAUCCUAACCACAUAGAAAAUGUCAGAGAGACACGGACACGUACGAUGGAGGGUGGAGAAGCUUGAGCCCCCUUUGGAGGAGCUGUAAUGGCGUAAGAGAAAUCUUCACUCCCUCCCCUAAAGACUGUGACCUGCAACCAUGGGAGGUUCUCUGAGGGAAGGAACGGGAGGAGAUGUGAAUUCACAGGGUCACCAAGGGCUGCCUAGGCUCCUUGCAGCCUAGAGGGAAGCCCUCUAAUGGGGUGAAAGCUUGCAGAGGAGGUGACCUCAUUAAGCCAACACCCCAGGAGACCAGAUAGUGAGAGCGAGAAAUCCGGAGAGCAUGGAGGAGAAAGCGUGCCUCGCCCCACCUGCACCGCCAUUCCCCUGCCUGGGAUCUAGGCUAAAGGCGGAGGGCUCGGAAUAUGCUGCUCUCGACCCCCACCCAGUGGCAAUAUGUAGUAACUGCAACCAAAUAAUCAGGGAAUGUGUCAGACCUGACCUACCUCCUCUAACAACAUCAGACACUACAUCAAAUCUAAAGACAUGGGGCCAGCCCCAUGGCCAAGUGGUUAAGUUUGUGCGCUCUGCUUUGGCAGCCCAGAGUUCCACUGGUUCAGAUC